AACCGAAUCGAGGUAAUGAAACUGAGCCAACAACUGCCUCAAUGGCUGCUACCGCGACUUCCGUCCUCGGAAACCCUAACCUCGGCCUCACCAAGCCGCCGCCGUCGGCCUUCUUCGGCGUGCGAGUUCCUCCGAGUCUUGAGAGGCCGAGGCGGUUUUCCUCCGCUCCGCGGCCGACGCUCGCUGCUGCCGUGUCGUGCACGAUGACCAAUGGGGCCACGGUCGUUGAGGCGGCGGAGAACAGGACGCCCGGGGUCGGACUGAGGCCGGAUCCCUUUGGCCGCUUCGGGCGGUUCGGGGGAAAGUACGUGCCGGAGACACUGAUGUAUGCACUCUCCGAGCUCGAGGCCGCGUUCUGGGCUGUCUCGAAGGAUGAAGAUUUCCAGAAAGAAUUGGAUGGGAUUCUUAAAGAUUAUGUUGGCCGAGAAAGUCCGCUUUACUUUGCAGAACGGCUCACAGACCAUUACAGGCGCCCUAAUGGUGAGGGCCCACACAUUUAUUUGAAGAGGGAAGAUCUCAAUCAUACUGGUGCCCACAAGAUUAAUAAUGCUGUUGCACAAGCUUUACUUGCCAAAAAAUUGGGAAAGAAGCGCAUCAUAGCUGAGACAGGUGCUGGUCAGCAUGGAGUUGCCACAGCUACAGUAUGCGCUAGAUUUGGUUUGGAAUGUAUUGUCUAUAUGGGUGCCCAAGAUAUGGAGAGACAGGCCCUCAACGUGUUCAGAAUGAGGCUUCUUGGAGCAGAGGUAAGAGCUGUCCAUUCUGGCACUGCUACACUAAAGGAUGCCACUUCGGAGGCUAUACGUGACUGGGUGACCAACGUAGAAACAACACAUUACAUUUUAGGGUCUGUUGCAGGCCCACAUCCAUAUCCAAUGAUGGUUAGAGAAUUUCAUGCAGUAAUUGGCAAAGAAACGAGAAAACAGGCAUUAGAGAAAUGGGGUGGGAAACCAGAUGUGCUGGUUGCAUGUGUUGGUGGUGGUUCAAAUGCCAUGGGACUCUUCCAUGAAUUUAUUGAUGAUACAGAUGUAAGGUUAGUCGGUGUAGAGGCAGCUGGAUUUGGAUUAGACAGCGGAAAGCAUGCAGCAACUUUAACAAAGGGAGAGGUGGGGGUUCUUCAUGGUGCCAUGAGUUAUUUGCUCCAGGAUGAUGAUGGUCAGAUAAUUGAGCCCCAUUCUAUAAGUGCUGGUUUGGAUUAUCCUGGCGUUGGACCUGAGCAUAGCUAUUUGAAGGAUCUUGGACGUGCUGAAUACAAUAGCGUCACAGAUCAAGAGGCUUUGGAAGCUUUCAAGCGAGUGUCUCGUUUGGAAGGUAUCAUCCCAGCUCUUGAAACUUCUCAUGCGCUGGCUCACCUGGAAGUACUUUGUCCAACUCUGCCCAACGGCACGAAGGUGGUGGUUUGCUGCAGUGGCAGAGGUGAUAAGGAUGUCCAAACCGCCAUUAAACAUCUCCAGCUAUAGAGCCCUUGUCAAUCCUUAUACUUUCAGCAGUUGGGUCUCUUGUAGUAUGCGAACCUUGUUUAAACUGCUAUUACCUAUCAAUAAAUUCUGCUGCUACUCUGUAUUACAGUGUCUUGUAUUUUUGAUGGAACGAACUAAGUUUCCUCAGCAAUAUAUGUUCGAGUACUCUAA